GUCUGAGCCAGCUCUUGGAGGUCUCUGGUGAAUAUAAGAUCCCUCUCCUGACGGGAAGUUUCAAGCCAUCUGCAGUGCUCUGCAUAACCAGAUCUGUUCUCAAGCUAGGCCGCACAGCAUGGAAAAUCACACAGAGCUGGUCCAUUGUAUAGUUCAACUAGCCCGUUCUUCUCCAGAGGAUCUGAUAGCCUUUCUGCACUCACAGCUGAAGAUUAAGAAUGAGGCUGUUUGUGUGACCUCUUUGAAGCUGCUCAGAGCUAUUGUUGAUGCUGACUUGCCCGAGACAAGACCUAAAAAGUGUCUGAUUGUGAAGGCAGUGAAAUCCACUUUCAGUGAUCAGAAUGCUACGGUGAGGAAGGCAGUUCUUCAUUUCAUCCAGAGGCUGCUCAGCUUACAAAGUGUGGAGAACUGUGCAGCUUGGGAUAUGGUAGCACAUGUUUUCACGGAGUUCAGUGUGUCCACCAGCAAACUGGUGUUAUGGCCAAGGCUUCUCGAAUAUGUGGUGCCAGCUCAGUACACUGGUACUUUGAAGCCUCUCUGCAGAUGCCUUAGGAGCUGGCUGAGAAAAAGCAGCAGGAAGGAGAAGAAGCUGCUUGCCUUGACUACGGUGGACCAUUGAAACUCCC